GUAUAAAGCAAACCAUCUAUCUGUAAAAUCGCCCGACGUUUGAGGUUUAAUUGUUAAAUAUUAUAACUGCAAAGUUUCUAGCGUCUGUAAAGAAGUGUCUGGAUAUUUUUUCAAAACUUCGCCGUGAGUUUUGAGAACGCAAUGGAGGGACAAGGAGUGGGCCGUUUUUAUUCUGAAAAGUGGAACAAUACAACGAUCGUAUAAUACUUAUGCGGCCGAAUUAGGGAUCCUAAUAAAUAACCUAAAACCGGGUAGAGAAAAAGAAAAAGCAUUUGGCGUUAAGGCGUAAAUUGUUAAGUAUUUUUACAUGUACGGGGAAGAAGAGCGCCCAGACAGGUUUGGUACCAAGGAGGACACAAACGUUUGGAUUGAGUAUAUUGCCAAAAGCGUUAAAGAACCAACGAUGAGAAUUAAUCUUUUUCGCGUUCUUUUCUUUAAGACAGAAGAGCACUUGAAUUGGAACUAUUCCCUUAUCAGCACCCUUAAUUAAUUUUUUUAAUUUUAUUAUAGAAUCCAACGAAUGAACGGAAGCUCAAAAAUCAGGUUUCGUUGAAAAGAUAUUCAAUACUCCAAAAGUUGAGGUAAGCUAAGUUUCUACUAUAUUGUUAAUGUGUUUCUGUAUUACUUACUAGAACUAAGAAUGAAUUUGACCAGAUUCUGGCAAAUUUUAUCUGC